AUGAGGAAAAAAAAUGUUUUGGCAUGGAUUUGUAUUCAACAUGUUUUGAAGUUUCUGUUUUAUUUUUCUGGGGCCGUGACAUUGUGGGUAUUUCAGCAGGCCAUGACUGAAGCUGAAAUAAAAAAGGAAGAUUACAAACCUACAAAAAGGAAACAAUCAGAGAAAAGUAAUGGGACAACCAAAAGAGUGAAGAAAGAAAAAUCAACGAAGGCUUCAAGUAAAAGAGCCAAAGAAGUAAAGACUGAAGUCAAGCAGGAAGGUGCACAUGAGGAGAAAACUCUUGGCGUGAAAAAGGAGGAGGACGGAGAGGAGGACCAGAAUGGGUUUGAUGAUGAUCAGUCUUUUAAGUGGUGGGAAAAUCCUGAUGAUUUGGAUGGUGAAGUCAAAUGGGAAACUUUGGAGCACAAUGGUGUCAUAUUCCCACCGGAGUAUGAACCGUUGCCGAAAAACGUCAAAUUGUAUUACGAUGGUAGACCUGUUACUCUACCACUAGAAGCAGAAGAAGUUGCAGGAUUUUUUGGGGCUUUGUUAGAAUCCGACCAUGCAAAAAAUCCGACAUUCCAAGCCAACUUCUUUAGAGAUUUCAAGAAGGUAUUGGAAGAAAGCGGUGGAUGCGCAGAAGCUGAUAUUGAAAACUUUGAAAAAUGUGACUUCUCCAAAAUAUUUGAAUACUACAAUGCAAAGAGAGAAGAAAGGAGAGCUUUACCCCCUAAGGAAAAGAAAAGAUUAAAGGAGGAGAAAGAGAAGGCUGAAGAAAAGUACAAGUAUUGUCUAUUGAAUGGCAGGAAAGAACAAGUUGGAAAUUUUCGUAUUGAGCCUCCGGGAUUAUUUCGUGGUCGUGGUGCACAUCCUAAAACCGGUGCAUUGAAGAGACGUGUCAGACCUGAAGAUAUUACACUGAAUCUGGGUAAAGAUGCACCAAUUCCAGCACCCCCAGAAGGUACGCAAUGGGGCGAGAUCAAACACGAUAAUACUGUUACUUGGUUAGCAAUGUGGAAGGAAAAUAUCAUGGGUAAUGUCAAAUAUGUUAGAUUUUCUCAAAAUUCAUCUUUCAAAGGCAUGUCAGACUUCAAAAAGUUUGAAAAAGCGAGGGAGCUGAAAAAGCAUAUAGAUAAAAUAAGGGAUGAUUAUAGAAGUAAGUUGAAGAGCAACAUGAUGAUUGAUAGGCAAAUUGCAACUGCUACAUAUUUGAUUGAUAUUUUCGCAUUAAGAGCAGGUGGAGAAAAACGUGAUGAUGAGGCCGAUACUGUUGGUUGUUGUUCAUUAAGGUUUGAGCAUAUUUUCCUUAAACCUCCAAACACUGUUAUUUUUGAUUUCUUAGGUAAAGAUUCCAUCAGAUUUUACCAGGAAGUUCAAGUUGACCAACAAGUGUUUAAGAACUUGAAAAUUUUCAAAAAAGACCCAAAGAAACCUGGUGAUGACUUAUUUGACAGGCUCAAUCCAGGUAUACUGAACACUUAUUUCCAGGAUUUUAUGCCUGGCUUGACAGCCAAAGUGUUUAGAACAUAUAAUGCUUCUAAAACUAUGCAAGAUCAAAUUGAUAAUAUACCUAACGAAGGAACUGUCAACGAAAAAGUGGUUGCUUUUAACGCUGCUAAUAGAGAGGUUGCUAUUUUGUGUAAUCAUCAGCGUACAAUUCCUAAAGCUCACCAAGCAGGUGUCCAAAAGAUCAAUGAGAGAAUUGAGGAAAUGAUGUGGCAGAAGAUCAAACUAAAGCGUCUAAUGUUACAACUGGAUAAGACGUUGAAAAAAAAGGAAAUGAGCUAUUUUGCCGAAGUUGCAGAUUUAACAAAAGAAAAGGAGCAGGAGAUUGUUACGCGUUGGUCGGAGAGGGAGCUUGACAAAGUCCAAAAGAAAUUUGAGAAAGACAAGGAGAGGCUCGGCUACGAGAGGAAAGAAAUGCCUGCUGAGGACUACAAGGUGAAGAUGGCAGAGAUCAAGGAGGACCACAAGAAGCGUUUGGAGAAAACCAAGGAGAUAGUCAAGCAGUAUAAGGCUGAGGCAAAGAAACAGAAAUACGAGGAGAAGAGUUCGUAUACUAUGGAGAAACUGAAGACUCAAGUAGACAAGCUUGAGGAGAGGAUCAAGAACACAAGUUUACAAUUAAAGGACAAGGAGGAAAACUCCACUGUUUCAUUAGGUACGUCCAAGAUGAACUAUAUUGAUCCUCGUCUCACUGUUAUGUUUGCCAAAAAGUUCAAUGUCCCAAUUGAAAAAUUAUUCACCAAGACUCUACGAGACAAGUUUGCAUGGGCAAUCGAGUCAGCAGAUGAGAAUUGGAGAUUCUGA